AUGGGAGAAUGGACAAUUCUAGAGAGGCUGUUAGAGGCAGCCGUCCAGCAACACUCCACAAUGAUAGGAAGGAUUUUGCUGACAGUGGUCGUGAUCUUCCGGAUCCUGGUCGUGGCGAUAGUCGGAGAGACGGUGUAUGAUGACGAGCAGACCAUGUUUGUCUGUAACACUCUGCAGCCGGGCUGUAACCAAGCUUGUUAUGACAAGGCUUUCCCCAUCUCCCAUAUACGGUACUGGGUGUUCCAGAUCAUCAUGGUGUGUACUCCCAGCCUUUGCUUUAUCACUUACUCGGUCCACCAAUCCUCCAAACAGCGGGAGAGACAGUACUCCAGUGUGUUCAUCACUAUGGAAAAGGACAAGAAGAGAGAGGACAAUAAGAUUAAAAAUACAGUAGUGAAUGGGAUUCUCCAGAACUCAGAAAACUCCAUGAAAGGGACAGACUUUUUAGAAGUUAAAGAAAUACAAAACUCCUCUGCCAGAAACAGUAAGAUGUCAAAGAUACGAAGGCAGGAAGGAAUCUCUCGUUUCUACAUCAUCCAAGUUGUUUUCAGGAAUGCUUUAGAGAUUGGUUUCCUCAUGGGGCAGUAUUUCCUCUAUGGUUUCAAUGUCCCUUCUAUGUAUGAGUGUGACCGCUACCCGUGUAUUAAAGAGGUUGAAUGCUACGUGUCCAGACCCACGGAAAAGACGGUCUUUCUUGUCUUCAUGUUCGCAGUGAGCGGACUCUGUGUCAUUUUGAACCUGGCAGAACUGAAUCACCUGGGCUGGAGGAAGAUCAAGACAGCAGUCAGGGGGGCGCAGGAGCGGCGGAAAUCCAUCUAUGAAAUCAGAAACAAGGACUCACCGCACCGAAUGGGGGUACCUAACUUUGGAAGAACUCAAUCCAGUGACUCAGCUUAUGUGUGA